CGCCAUGUCGGUCUUCCACGACGAGGUGGAGAUCGAGGACUUCGAGUACGACGAGGAGACCAAGACCUAUAGCUACCCGUGCCCCUGCGGGGACCGCUUCCUCAUCACGCGGGAGGACCUGGAGAACGGCGAGGACGUAGCCACCUGCCCCAGCUGCUCCCUGAUCCUGCGCGUCAUUUACGACCAGGAGCAGUUCAUGCGUGAUGAAGUCAUUGCAGAACCUUUGACAAACAAGGAAUUGAUUAAGUGCUGAUGAAUACCUCAUGAACUGUUGCUGCUUUAGAAUAAGAAAGUAUGGGGAUGGCAACUGCGGAAAGAGACAUGGUCCUCCUCCUGGAAGUGCUCGCUGCUGUGAGAUACAAGUACGCUUACUGGCUGCCUUCAUAAUUUGAAUGAGAAAAUGCUGAGACAUCAAACACAUGAAUGGCUUUUGUUCAAAAGGGUUAUGCAUUUUAGAAAAAUAUGUAAGUUGCCAUAUGUAUUUCAGAAGCUUUGAGAAUUAUGAUCCUAACUGACAGCAAGUCAAUAUACAGAAGAACUGUGUGAAGUUGUGAAAUUACACUGUUAUCUAGCAGUGGCUUCUUAGCCUGUGGAGAAAAGCAGGCUUUGUGUGGGCAUAUAGCAGCGUGAAAUGGCAUAGAGAGCUGAAAUGUUGGGAGUCAAAAUUUAGAAGUUCAUGGGACACGAUGCCAUACAGAAUUACAGUUUUGACACAGCGCGGUAUCACCCAGGAUGUAGACUUGUGUACUUCCAGCCCAUACUGAAUGUGGGGAAAUAUAAGACCCAGAACCAAUGCUUUUGGUAAAUUAUUUUUACUACUGUAAGCACAAAGAAGGUGCAGUUGUAUUUAUAUCUGCACUGGGGGCAACACCUGCGUUGGGGCAAAUUUGUUUCUUAAAUUGCAGUUGCUUUGAAACAGCUUUGGUAGCUGUUAUCAAAUGACUCUGACAUAAUACUUUUGUGGGUGUUGUGUGAAAUGAAACAAACGGAGUCAAACUUUUUUUAUCCCUGCAAAGCUAGUAAUAUGCAAGUGGACUUGAACUCAAAAUGGAUUGUAAUUUACCCAUAUUUUCUCAACAACUUUGUGAUUUGACUGUUGCAGCAAAUAUAAAAUGGGCUGCAGUUCUUUGUGCCACUUGUAGUAGUACAUUUGCUGAAUUUCUCAGCCUUCCUUUGUUAGGUUCUGUCACUUCCUGGAUAGGGGAUGCACACAUCUCUCUCAAUUAAUAACAAGGGAUUUUUUUAGGGUAGAAAAGAGUUGGAAGAAUAUGCUCCAAAGUACAUUGAUUCCAGGACUACUUCUUGUAUUACAAGCCACUGCAUUUAAAUACUUACUUUAAAAUAUAGUCAUUCAUGUGUUUUAGUAGGAUUUGAUGUCUGUGAAGUUAAAUUGGGGGAAAAAUACUUGUGUAGCAUUUAUAUAGAUAUUUUGCUCCAGGCACUGAAGAUAGGCAAGUCUUACUGAAUUCUUGCGUUUAACUAUUUUUGUUCUUACAACAUUCUGUGAAUGUUGAAGAUGAACAUUCUAAUUAUUUAAAAAAAAAAAAAAAAAAGAAAAAGGAAAACUACACCCUUCAGUUAGAAAUUUUGAAUGCGAUAUGUACAACCCAAAGUGUUUUCAUGUCUAAACCAGAAGGUGGCACUCAUGUUACUUUGAUAUCUGUGCUUCAAAAAAAAAAAAAAAAGCUGUGGUACUUUGGUUAGCUAAAUCUUACUGAAUAUUUAUUUUUACUAUUUAAAUAAAGAUAUUUAAGACUCCA